AUGAUUAGCAGGGACGGGAUGAGGAAUUCGCAAUUAUCUCUGAAAACAUUCAAAACGGUUACUUGCUUCGGUCAUUGGGAUGAAAGGCGGCGUGUCACUGGAGGUUUCUGGAAGUGUUCUGGUUAUUCGAACUUAGGCAGUUUGGCGUUGUAUGAAAGGGAAAUCGAUACUGACCACGUCCAUCAUCGUUAUCUCGCUUCUCGUCGAGCGGUCACUGCUAUGACUCCAAGGUUACAGCUCAGCACAGCGUCGCGUCCACCGGUUCCUGUCCAGCGUGUUGAGCAUAAAGAAUAUUCCCGGUCACGUUCGACCAGCUCUGAGGACUUCUGUGGGGCGUCAAUGGAUGAGAUUUUGUCGCGCCUGCAGGUGGAACACAAGGCAGGCGUCGUCGCAACAGGAGAAUUCUACGAGAAUUCCUUUGAAGGCCUGCAAGCUCAACUGGGUUUUGAUUUGCGCGGGCGGGAACUACGCGCAUACAAUCUGUACAGUCAGGAGCUCUGCACACCUCGUAUGCCGGACAAAAUCAGCGGUAAACAUGAUGAUAACCACAAACCGAUGUCAACCUCGGUGAUUGCGAGAGAUAAAUAUCUACUUCUGAUGUUCGUGCUGGGAUUACGCGACGGAGUAGCGCUGAAAUUAUGUAACUACUACCACGGUGCCGACUUGAACUAUAAUGUAGAUGUUGGUUACGCGAAUCUAAUAGUAACCGACUCAGCAUCGACUACUCUACAAUAUGAGUCUUCGCGAGGGCUCAUCUCGAUGGAUGGGUUUGUCUGCGAAGUACCGAGCCUUCGAAGCCCUGAGAUUCGGGCCAAUCGCAAAUUCCUCUGUCUCUGGAACGUUAACCAGUUACUAAAUAUGCCGAUGUCGAGCAACACUCGGAAGAGAGUAACUCCAAGCGUCAAUCUGCGAAUGUCGCUAUUAACCUGCCUGAAUCAGAUGGUUGGGGUCCUCGCUGAGGCGAAAACAAAUAACGCUCCUGUUCCCUUCAAUGUCAGCACUGUAAGCAACAUCGCACUCUCCCAUCGAAAUUAUGGCACCGACUGCCUUUGUCGGCGUCAAAAUAUUGUCGUGCACACAAUCCUGAGUCAGGAGGCUGUACAACUAAGUUUAGCUUUUUGCACACUCGGCACUUGGAGGCUUGCAUGCCUACGGGACGAUAGCAUGAAGAUACGGAAUUUGAUAAUGUGA